AUGGGAAGCGGAAAAGAGAAAAUUGAGAUUAAAAGAGUAGAGAAGGAAGGGCAGAGAAUGGUUACAUUCUCCAAGAGACGUCAUGGUCUCUUCAACAUAGCCCGACAACUUCGAUCCCUCACUGGCGCCAACAUCGCUAUCCUCAUCUUCUCUCCCACUGGCCGUCCCUACACUCACGGCAAGCCCUCAUUUGACGCCCUUGUCGAUCGUUACCUCAACACCACUGCCGCCGCCGGAGAGAAGGCAGAAGAGGGUUGUGAGGCUGCCGCCGCGAACCACCACCGGUUGAGUUCCUGGUUGGAUGCUCUGCAAUUCGAUGCGAGUGAUAGCAUUGAAGAUUUGGAAAUCUUGAGGAAAGGGCUUGAAGAGAUCGCAGCGAAAGUGGCUGAGAAAAUCGAUGACGGUUUUGUUGAUUCUUUACUUGUUUGA